AUGAAUUUCGAUUAAAUUGAAAGUGAAAAAUUAUACAAUAAUAGAUUCUUUAUAAAGAAGAAGAUCAGUGCAGGUAUAUUUUACAAUUAAUUUAUGUCUUAAGGUUCAUUCGGAGUUGUGUUUCUAUGUGAAGAUUUAUAAACGAAAGAAUAUGUUGCAAUGAAAGUCGAAAAGGACGAUACCAACGUUAUAGGAUUAGACAGGGAAAUCCAAAUGUUGGAUGAAUUGAGGAAGAUUCCAGGUUCGAAAUUUACUUAAAUAGGGAUUCCAAAAAUCAUUUGGGCAGGAAAUGAUCAUGAUCGCAAUUGUCUAGUCAUGCAAUUAUUAGGGAGGGAUCUAUCCUAUCAUAUGAAAGAAUUAAGAACAUUUUCUUUAAAAUGUGUAGUUAACAUUAUUCUACAGGUGAUCUAAAUUAUUGAAGGAGUUCAUAGAAGGUAUCUUUAAUAAAAUUUAUAAAUUGAUAGAGGAAUUAUUCAUAGAGACAUGAAACCAGAAAACAUUAUGACUGGAAAAGAUUAAGAAUUAAAUUAAAUAUUUCUAGCCGACUUUGGAAUUGCCAAGUUCUACCGAGAACCAGAUGGUACUCAUACGUAUUCCAAUUUUAAAUAAUCUUCAAUUAGACCCUUCAAGGAAAGUAAGCCAUUUGUGGGAACAACAAGAUAUGCUAGUAUUAAUGCUCAUAAAGGCUACGAAUUGAGUAGAAGAGACGACCUAGAAUCAAUAGGCUAUAUGUUUAUUUACAUGUUAAAAGGAAAACUACCUUGGCAAACCUUUCACAACGUCAAUGAGAAAGAGAAGGUGAAAAUUGUUGGUCAAAUGAAAUCUCAAAUAUCCAUUGAGGAAUUGUGUAAGGACUGUCCUCAAUAAUUUUAUCAGUACUGCUUAAUAUAAUCUUAGAUAUUUUCAAUAUGUUAAGUAGCUUCAAUAUAAAUCAUCACCAGAUUACCGUUAUCUCUACUCCCUUUUCGAAUAAAUAGCCAUACAAAAUGGAUUUAAACAUGAUAAAAGAUUUGAUUGGACUGAAUUUAGUUAAGGGACUACAAAAGUGACUGUCGAAUAAACUUAAUAGGAAACUAGAUAAUAGGUUUAGCGAAAAAGCAAGGUAGAAGAUAAAUCACCGAAAAAUUCUGAAUUAAACUUAAAUAGAACAGAGUUGAAUUAACAAUAGAAAGAUACUUCCAAGAGUAGAAUUAGAAGUCGUCAUUAGUCUGAAUAACGUGUAAAUAAAAGUGGUAAUAGUGCAAAUAGCUAUUCUUCAUCUUGUAUCAAUUCUCAACAAUCCUCCGUUCUGAUUAAUUAUUAAAAUUCUUAAUUUACCCAAAGCAAUGUAAGAAUAGGCUCUUCAAAAUUAUUAAGUAGAUUAUAAGAAAGAGGAAUAAUCCAUAAAAACUCUGAUUCUAGAAGUUCUAUCAUCUAGUAAUAGUCAUCGAAAUCUUUUAGAGAAAGGAAUCAAUCAUCAUAAUAUAUUUAAUAGGGUCUCGCCUAAUAAUAAUAAUAAUCUUAGCAUAAUAAUAGUUAAAUGGUGUAAAGAUUUCAAGAGGACUUUUAAGAUCUGGAGGAAUUGGAAGAGAGAUUAUAAAAGGAUAAAUAAUCUAUGUAAAUAUUUGUUAAAUCAAGAGCUAGCGCAAUUAGUAGCAUAAGAACAAUAAGCCUUUAAAGGUUAAGGAGAUUUAACAUCAUUUUGAAUAAAAUGAUAACUUUACUGAGAUUGGUGGAAUGACACAAUUAGAAGAUGAUGCUUCUUUAGAAAAUAAGGUUAAAAUUUAUAAUUUUGAUGCUCCAAAACUGAAAUAGAGAUUAGCUAAGUACUGA